AUGAAUGGAAUCAGUGGAGCACAUGGAGGCUCUCACGAUCGCGAGGACCCCGAUAGGGCAGCCAUCGUGGGAAUGGCCUGCCGCCUUCCAGGUAUGGUAGAUAGCCCGAGUCGUCUAUGGGAGUUGUGUGCUCGUGCUAGAAGCGCAUGGUCGGAAGUCCCAGAGUCUCGCUUCAAUGCUGCAGGAUAUUACCAUCCGACGCCUGGACGGUCCGGGUCGUUCAAUUACAAGGGUGGCCACUUUUUGGGCGAAGAUGUUGGCCUAUUCGAUGCACCGUUUUUCAAUGUGACGAUGAAAGAAGCCCAGUCCAUGGACCCGCAGCAACGUAUCCUUCUCGAAUGUACAUAUGAAGCUCUCGAAAAUGCCGGUAUUGCGAAGAAGUCUCUGUCGACGCAGCGGGUAGGUGUCUUUAUUGGCGGAUCGGCCUCGGAAUAUAAUACGAGAAACCUGAAGGAUCCAGAAACCAUCCCGAUGUUUCAGGCAACUGGUGGCACAAUGUCGAUGCAGGCGAAUCGCAUCUCGUACUAUUUCAACUUCAAGGGUCCUAGCGUUUCGGUGGAUACAGCCUGCUCUUCUAGCUUAUCUGCAUUGCAUUUAGCGUGUCAGAGCUUGAAAUCCGGAGAAUCAGAUAUCGCGAUUGUUGGUGCAUGCCAUCUCAACUUGCUAGCUGAGCAGUCGAUCUCUAUGGCGCUGUCAAGACUAUUCUCGGAGAGCGGACGAUGUUAUGCCUUUGACCAUCGGGCGUCUGGUGGGUUUGGCCGCGGCGAAGGCUGCGGAUGUAUUAUUAUCAAGCCAUUACAUGCGGCCAUCCAAACGAACGAUGCGAUUCGGGCGGUCAUUGUGGGUACUGGAGUGAACCAAGAUGGUCGAACACAGGGCAUCACCCAACCGAGCAGCGCUGCCCAGGAGGAGCUUAUACGAGCUGUUUACGCGUCGGCCGGUAUCGACCCUUCAGAGACAGGAUAUGUCGAGGCACAUGGAACGGGGACCAAAAUUGGAGAUCCGCUGGAGGCCACAGCCCUGCACGCUGUGUUUGGCGGAGGACGAACAUCACGACGUCCAUUGUAUAUAGGUUCCGUAAAGUCCAAUGUGGGCCAUGCCGAAUCAGCCAGCGGUGUAAUUUCGAUUAUCAAAACGGCUAUGAUCCUGGAGAGGGAGUUGAUACUGCCGAAUUGCAACUUUGAGAAACCAAACCCAGCAAUUCCCAUGCAGGAGUGGAAUUUGAAGGUUCCUACGAAGUCAAUACCCUGGCCGAAAGGAAAAAGAUAUGCGAGUAUCAACAACUUCGGGUUCGGAGGAUCUAACGCCCAUGCCAUCCUGACAAAGGGCCCUUCAUUGAAGAGAGAUAUGCCCCCAGAUGUAGAGGAGAUCCUUAAUGGCAGCAUAGAUACUACUAUGAUCGACCCUUCGCCCCGGAGGGUAUUCCCUAUAUCUGCCAACGACAAGCAAGCUGUCCUUCAACGACUCAAGGGACUGGAAACCUAUCUUGAACAGCAGCCAGAGGCCUUCAACAUGUUUCUGAUGGAAGACUUGGCGUAUACGCUGGGUGAGCGACGGACUGUCUUUCCAUGGAGAGCAGCAGUGUCCGCAGCUUCUUCAACCGACUUAAUUGAGCAAAUAGCGUCAGCGAGUUUCAAGCCGGAGAGAGCGCCGGAAGAGCCUGUUAUCGGAUUCGUUUUUACUGGCCAGGGAGCGCAGUGGCAUGGAAUGGGGAAGGAACUCAUCACGAGGUAUACUGUCUUCGACGAGGCUAUGAAGAGGGCAGACCAAUACAUCCUGGAUUUAGGGGCGGGGUUUUCAAUUAUCGAUGAAUUAACAAUGGAGGAAGAGUCUCCGCUGCUCACGGACCCAUGCUACAGUCAGGCGUCAUGCACAGCGAUCCAGCUAUCCAUCACGCAGCUGCUCAAGUCAUGGGGAGUUGUUCCAUCCGCUGUGAUUGGACACUCCAGUGGCGAGAUUGCUGCCGCAUUCGCCGCUGGGAUCCUGGAAUUUGAUGACUGCAUGCGAAUUGCAUAUUCCAGAGGUGCGGUCGCAGGGAAACUACGAGAAGCUCCGGUGAAGGGAAGCAUGAUGGCGAUGGGGAUUUCCAAACAAGAAGCAGAGAAAAUGAUAACGCAGAUCCACAGUGGGACUGUUGUUGUUGGUUGCAUCAACAGCGACUCGAGCGUUACGGUUUCUGGCGACGAUCAAGCAAUCAAUGAGUUGCAGACAUUGGCCGAGAACCAAGGCCUUUUCCAUCGGAAGCUAAGAGUCGAUGUUGCGUAUCAUUCUCAUCAUAUGGGCCUCGUCUCUGCACCAUAUCGGAAAUUGAUGGGAGGUAUUCAACCGCGAGAAUCACACAUCCAAUUUUACUCCUCUCUACAUGGCCGACAUGUGCAGUCAUCUGAGAUCAAUGCCGAUUACUGGGUCGAGAACCUCUUGUCUCCUGUCAACUUUGUAGGGGGUCUCCGGAGCCUCCUCGCUGAAGGAAAGUCUCGCCCUGAUAAACCUAUCGACACCCUGAUCGAAAUCGGACCUCAUUCAGCGUUAGAAGCGCCAGUCCGAGAAACUGUUCAAGGAUACGGCAGAGGAAUGAACGUGAAGUAUUUGCCCUGUAUUCGGAGGAAGAAGAAUGCGGUCGAGACAAUGCAACAGCUAGCAGUUGGAUUGUUCAUGCGAGGGCUAAAUAUCAGCUUUGGUGCUAUCAAUACUACUGGAAACUCUAGGAGACAACCUAGUUUGUUAACGAACAUGCCGAAGUAUCCUUGGGAUCACUCAGUGAAAUACUGGCAUGAAUCUCGAUGGGCGCGGACUUUAUCCCACAGGCAGUUUCCACGAAGCGAUAUUUUGGGCAGUCUUUCUGUCGACUCAGUGUGUACUGAGAGUAAAUGGCGAAAUGUGAUUAGGGUUGAUGAUCAUCCAUGGAUUCGCCAACAUCAAGUGCAAGGCAAAAAUGUAUACCCGCUGGUCGGAUAUGCGGCCAUGGCUAUUGAAGCGCUUUGCCAGUCCGCAACGCUGCGGAACAUCUCCAUCGACAAUUAUUGCCUCCGCGAAGUCGCGGUUGAAAAAGCCCUCGUUAUUUCCGAAACCUCCACAGUGGAAAUGAUAACAACGCUACGACCAUUCGCCGAAGGGACACGAGUUUCAUCUGAAGUCUGGUUUGAAUUUAGAGUAUCUGCUACCUCUGAUGGCCGAGAAUGGGUGGACUAUUGCCGAGGUCUGAUAUCCGGCGUCAAAGAAAAAGAAUCGAAUCCAGUUGAUGGCUCUCGCCAACUAGAAGAAAGGGCGCUUGAUGCAAAGCAUCGGAAAGCAAUGGUAGCUUCUCCAGCCAUGGCUCCGGUUGACUCGGAGGAAAUGUAUCAAGUCCUGGCCGCUAGUGGAAUACAGUAUGGAAGCAUAUUUCGCGGUAUGACACACAUCAUGGCAUCAAAUCACCAUGCUGCAGCAGAUUUCAGCGUUCCAGAUACGAAGUCGGUCAUGCCAGAUGGGUACGAGAGCAGCUACAUUUGGCACCCGGUAACGUUGGAUCUCUGCAUCCAGCUAAUGUGGCCUCUGGUGGGCUAUCGGGGCCCAGGUCAAAAACAGCUGUACCUGCCUACAUUUGUUGGCUGUCUUUAUGUCAGCGGCAACGGCAAUCGCCCAGCUGGCGAUCGUCUUAAGCUGUACGGUUCCCGACCUGGGAGCCUGCAUCCACGCCGUCCGGCUGUUUUGGACAUCGUCGCUACCCAUGGCGCAGAUCCUAGCGACGUGCUUAUCCGGAUGGACAAUGUCAAAGCCACGCCGCUGAUUGACCAAACUGCCUGUCUCAAUAUCCCAAUAAAGAAUCAGUGCUACAAGAUCCUGCAAGCGCCCAGCUUUGGCUUUUUGAACUCGCGUUCCCUUGUUUUGCUAGAGCGCCCUAGCACCCCAAAGUCAAGCGAGCUACAAAUGGUCCGUGUUCUUGAACAAGCCUCCUUUUACCUCUUGGAGAACGCAUGGAACAAACUCAGUGCUACAGACCACGCAUCUGUCAAGGGACAUUAUCACCAUUUCCUUGAUUGGAUUCGACAGAAACGCCACCAAGUAAGAGCGGGAGAUUUGCCUCUUCAAUGUUACGACUGGUUGAACUGCAAUGACCAAGAACGCAGAGCCCUCAUCAAAGAAACACGAUCAAUGGGAGUAGCAGGGGAGAUGAUAUAUCAAUUAGGUAGUUUGCUUCCCCAGAUAUUGCGCCGUGAGGUUGACCCAAGCUCGGUCAUGCGCGAGAAUGGCCUCCUGGACCGGUAUUAUCAAGAGCUCGAUUCAUUCCAUCGCUGCUAUAUUUCAGCUGCAUCGCUGUUAGACAAGAUGGCAGAUGAGAACCCAAAUAUGAAAAUUCUGGAAAUUGGGGCCGGUACGGGAAGUGCUACGCUUCCCUUUAUCCAACGUUUAGGCGGCGGUGAUACCCAGAAGGUUCCUCGCUUUAACCGUUACACCUUCACGGAUCUCUCAAGCCGAAUCUUGGGCGACGCAAAAGAGAGAUUCCAUGCUUGGGGAGACCUUUUGGAUUAUGAAAGGCUGGAUAUAUCCCGGGACCCAGUUGAACAGGGAUACGAAGAACAUUCGUAUGAUGUGAUUAUCGCUUGUCAUGUGUUACAUCUGACGCCCAGAUUAGACGAGACUUUGGCAAACAUACACAAGCUACUGAAGCCGGGUGGAAAGCUGCUGCUGCUUGAGGAAAAUAAUCAGCGCUUGAGGCAGUUCAUCUACGCUUUGCUUCCUGGUUGGUGGCGUAGCGAAGAUGGUCGGAUCGACGGGCCGUUAUUAGACAAGGCCUCGUGGAAUGCACUGCUCAGGGAAACGGGCUUCUCUGGGCCUGGACUCUCUCUCGAUGACUAUCCUGGUGCUCCUGAACAAUGUAGCAGCCUGGUGGUCGCCACGUCCCAGAAUGAUGCUGACCUGAAAGGGCGCCAAGUGACCAUUGUUUGCCCGGAGAGAUGCAGUACAUUUCCAAUUAAAGACCUCGCCCGCGAUAUUGAGAGCCUGACGGGUUCUCGCCCUGAAAUGGGCACCCUGUCCAGUAUCAACGCUAAAGGAAAGCUAUGCAUUUUCCUCGGCGAGUUAGACAGCCCCUUCCUGUCUCAGCUUGAUCAGACCAAAUUCGGCAUAAUUCAGAAUCUACUGCAGGACACAGCUGGUCUUCUCUGGGUGAUUCGCCCCGGAUGUAACAGUGAUAGCAGGCAUCCAGAGUCACACAUGAUUACUGGGCUUGCCAGAACCGUGCGCUCCGAAACGAGUCUUCCUCUUGUAACACUGGAGCUGGAGUCCCAAAAGUCACAGCCGGACCAUGGUGCAAUAAAACACAUUAUCGAUGUCUUCCAAAGCAGCUUUAGUGCUCAUUCAAACGCUACGCAACCGGAGCGGGAGUACAGCGUGAAGGAUGGGGUUGUUUAUGUGCCCAGAAUGGUUAAUGAUACCUCAUUGAACGAGUUUGUCCACAUACAAGCCGGGCGAAGCGGCCCAGAGCCCCAGCCAUGUAGACAAACGAGAAGGCCCUUGAAACUGGUUGUCGGUGAGCCAGGCGUUCUAGACACGCUUCACUUCACAGAUGACAAAGACAGAUUGGCCGAGCUGCCCGACGGCCAUGUUGAGAUUCAAGUCGAGUAUGUGGGUCUCAACUUCAAGGAUGUCAUGACUGCUAUGGGCCAGAUGAGCAAAGAUACUCUCGGAAACGAAUGCAGUGGUAUAGUUACUAAGGUUGGGAGUGACGUUGAAGGGCUUGCGAAGGGUGAUCGAGUAUGUGCGGUUUGCGAAGGGGCAUUUGCUACAUAUGUGUCCUGUCCAGCGACCAGCGUAUGGAGGAUACCCGAUGAUAUGGAGCUGAAAAUGGCAGCUACAAUCCCGCUCAUUUUCUGUACCGCGUACUACUCGCUCUUCGACCUCGGGCGGCUGGUGCAAGGUGAAAAGAUCCUGAUUCAUGCGGCUGCAGGUGGCGUUGGUCAAGCAGCAAUCAUUCUCGCGAAUAUGGUCGGUGCCGACGUGUUCGCCACAGUCAGCACCCCUGAAAAGAAACAGUUUCUCAUGAAGACGUACGGCGUGGACGAGGAAAGAAUCUUCUUCAGUCGCGACUCUUCCUUCAGGGAAUCUGUCAAGCGAGCUACGAAUGGGGAGGGGGUUGACCUAGUGUUAAAUUCUCUUGCUGGUGACAUGCUACGAGCUAGUUGGGACUGUGUUGCUCCAUUUGGGAGGUUUGUGGAACUGGGCAAAAAGGACAUUCUGAGAAACUCGCGCCUCGAGAUGUCCCGGUUUGAUGAUAACGUUUCAUUUUCUUCCGUUGACCUGACGGCCAUAACCGAAAGGAGACCCAUGGUUAUGAAACGGCUUCUUUCCAAUGUUUUCAAGUUGUUCGCAAAGGGCAUUGCACGGCCAGUAACGCCGAUAGCAUCUUAUUGCGUAUCAGACAUUGAAGCGGCGUUCCGCAGCUUACAAGGCGGACGUGGGUUUGGGAAAAGCGUUAUCGAGCUCCAGCCGGAAGCCUUGGUAAAGGUAUAUCCGCCCCAAAAGUCGCCAGUACACUUAUCAGCCGAAGCAUCCUACAUCGUCGUCGGCGGGUCUGGCGGGCUCGGUCGAAAUAUUGCAGAAUGGCUGUCUCAGCAUGGUGCAAAGCAUAUUGUUCUCCUAGCCCGAAGUGGAGACACAAAGCCAGACGUACGACGGCUGAUAAAGAGAGCAGAUAGCGACGGGGUAAAGAUGGUCGCCCCUCGCUGUGAUAUUAGCAACGCGUCGGACGUUAGGGCAGCCAUUUCUCUUGUUUUGCGGGAUAUGCCUCCUAUUCGCGGCGUCAUCUUUGGCGCAAUGGUACUACGGGACGGCUUAUUUGAAAAGAUGCAAUACGAUGAUUAUAGCUCCGUCAUCUCACCUAGAGUCAAUGGUCUAUGGAACAUCCAUAACACUCUCAGGGAGGCGGAUCAAUCACUUGACUUUUUUGUCAACCUUUCAUCAGUAUCUGGUGUUAUCGGGAACCGAGGACAAGCUGCAUAUGCCGCUUCAAGUACGUUUAUGAGUGCCUUUGCACGCGCCCAAAUCGCUGCCGGAUAUCCAUACACCAAUAUCGACCUGGGUCCUGUAAAAGGGAUAGGCUACCUCGCGGAGCAAAAAGGGACGGUAAACGAGGUCCUCGACACACUCGAAACCCAGGGAGUCGAGGAGGACGAACUCCGUGCUCUUUUGGCUGGAGCGAUUAGCGGCAAGCUCCUCAGCACAUGCAACGGCCACUGCAUCACUAGCCUUGAAAUCACAACCAGCUCGUCAAGCGAACAAGGCCCGUUUUGGAUGGUUGACCCUCGGUUCUCUCAUCUCGUGCGUGCCAGUAUCGCCAUUCGGAAGGCUUCGCAGGAAGGCGACGACAACCAGCCGACAACAGCAGCUGUGCCACUCGCAACUGCUGUCAAGAAGUGUAAUAGGCGGGCGGACGCUCAAGCGAUAGUUUUAGACGCUCUGUCUCGGCGAAUGUCGACCUUGCUCAUGGUUCCAUUAGAGGACAUAGUCCCUACUAAAUCGAUUGCUGCUUACGGGCUCGAUUCACUUGUCGCUAUCGAGGUACGAAACUGGGUUUUCCGUGAGUUGGAGGCAUACCUCCAAAUUAUGGAGAUUGUCAGCGCCGAGUCCUUGGCCUCUUUGGCUGAACGCGUGGUUGCUAAAUCCAAAAUCUUGCAACAUUUGACAGGCCGUACUGAGCGGGGCGAGUGA